AUGGCGACGUCGUCCUCCUCCAAGAAGGUGUGGCCGACGGCGAGCGCCAAGGGCGGCGUCGAGGCGGCGGCCGCUGGCGACGGCAGGGUGGGCAUCCUGUCCUUCGAGUGCUUGGUGAGUAUUUUGAAGUUAUUGGCUGAUUGGGAGCAACUUCGAAGAGAUUCCUCAAAGCAAGGGAGCAUUGUUGAAUCUCGUGAAGAUGAUGCUUCAAGGAGCUUGGCAACUUCAAAUUCUUCAAUUUCCGCAACUCCUAGUUUGAUAAUCGGAGUUAAGCAGAUAGCCAUGUUUGGGAAAAUAAGCUUCUGGAGAAACUGCAUGCUUGUUGAUUUGCUGAUUCUAUCUGUAUUAGCAACAAGAUGUUUGUCAGCUCCCACGGCAAGAACAGACAUCAUCUUUCAGAACCAGUCAAUUUCAGAUGGGCAGACCCUGGUGUCCAUGGGAAAAGAAUUUGUGCUCGGUUUCUUCAGCCCUGGAGCUUCGAGCAACCGGUAUGUUGGUAUAUGGCACAACGAUGUUUCAGAAAGAAGAGCUGUCUGGGUUGCUAAUAGGAAUAAUCCAUUACAAGAUACUUUUGGCGUACUUAAGUUUGAUAACAAUAGUAAUCUGAUUGUUUUAGAUGGGAGGGGAAACUCAUUCACAGUGGCUUAUGGGAGAGGAGUGCAAGAUGUGGAGGCUGCAAUACUGGAUAGCGGCAACUUUGUCCUAAGGAGCAUCACGAACCAAGAUAAGAUCAUAUGGCAGAGCUUUGACUUUCCUACAGAUACAUGGCUCCCUGAAAUGAACAUUACACUUGGUAGUAAACUGACCUCAUGGAAGAGCUAUGAUGACCCAGCAGUCGGGGAUUAUUCUUUUGGACUUGACAGAACUAAUGCGCUUCAACUCAUUAUCUUGUGGAAAGGUUAUAAUUAUUGGACCUUUGGACCCUGGACCGCUUCUAUGAAAUCUCUGAUUCCAGAGCUAACAAAUAUUCCUAUCACCCCUGUUUCAUUUCAAUGUGGCAAUCUUACAUGCACAUACACUCCCAAUCCUAGAGACACAAUGACAAAGAUUGUGUUGGAUCCGGAUGGUUCAUUGAACAUUGCCCAAUUUAGUCGUGGAACUGAGUCAUGGACUCUCUUAUGGCGACAGCCUGCUAGCUGCGAGGUGUCUAACUUAUGUGGUGUUUUUGGUAUAUGCAACAACAGUAUGUCAGAUGACAGUAUAGCAUAUGAAUCCCCCUGUCGCUGUCCAAAAGGCUUCGCACAAGCCUCUCCGGGAAAUACCAGGAAAGGUUGCACGAGGCAAAUCCAACUGCAGUGUAAUGGGGAUAGGUUUAUUAGUAUGUCUAGUAUACGACUCCCUGACCCCAGUGUUAAACUUUCUGCUAUCGGAGAGAGCAAAUGCCAAUUGGAAUGCAUGACAAAGUGCUCCUGUACUGCAUAUUCUGUAUUGGAUGGUUGCAGCCUAUGGUAUGGCAAUCUAACAAAUAUGCAGGACGGAUAUAAUGGGAGUGGAGUAGGAACUCUAUAUCUUCGUGUUGCUGCAUCUGAGUUAGAAUCAACCAAUAGUUCAGGUCACAAAUUACUUUGGAUAGCUGGUGUACUUCCUUCAGUUGGAUUUCUUAUUUUUUGUGUAAUCUUGUUUAUUUGGAUCAGGAGAUCAAAAAAUAAAGGGAAAGGAAAACAGGAUGGUCAUCACUCCGUAAUGACUUCGGAUGCUAUCAAACUCUGGGAGGGUGAGGAGACAAGCUCUUAUUUUGCGACGUUUUCCUUUUCACAAAUAAGAAAUGCUACAGACAAAUUUUCAACAGAAAACAUGCUUGGAGAAGGGGGGUUUGGCCCUGUGUACAAGGGCCACUUACCAGAUGGGCGGGAGAUUGCUGUUAAGAGACUAGCAGCAAAUUCAGGGCAAGGGUUACCUGAGUUUAAGAAUGAAGUCCUGCUUAUUGCUAAGCUUCAGCACAGAAAUUUAGUCCAGCUGUUAGGUUGCUGCAUUGAAGAGGAAGAGAUGUUAUUAGUGUAUGAGUACAUGCCGAACAAAAGCUUGGAUUUCUUCUUAUUUGAAAAAUCAAGAAGAGUUUUGCUAGACUGGGAAAUGCGGAUGAACAUAAUUGAAGGGGUUGCACAGGGUCUUAUUUAUCUCCACAAGCAUUCUCGACUUAGAAUUAUUCAUAGGGACCUGAAAGCAAGCAACAUUUUGUUGGACACUGAUAUGAACCCUAAGAUCUCGGACUUUGGGAUGGCGAGAAUAUUUGAUCCCAAAGGAACACAAGCUAAUACGAAACGAGUUGUCGGAACAUAUGGCUACAUGGCUCCUGAGUACGCUAUGGCAGGCAAUUUCUCCACCAAGUCCGAUGUAUUUAGCUAUGGAGUCUUGCUUCUGGAGAUUAUCAGUGGAAUGAGAAAUGCUGGAUCUCGAAGACAUGGCAACUCUGUUAGCCUCCUUGGUUACGCAUGGGAACUAUGGAACGAAGGCAGAUGCCAUGAGCUCAUUGACAAACCAUUACACGGUAGGUGUCCUGAGAAUGUAGCGCUAAGAUGCAUUCAUGUCAGCUUGUUGUGUGUUCAGGAGAAAGCUGCGGAUCGACCCUCCAUGACUGAAGUCAUUUCAAUGAUUACCAAUGGAAGUGCCACCUUACCAGACCCAAAGCAACCUGGUUUCCUCUCCAUGUUGGUCCCAAAUGAAACUGAUAUCGCUGAAGAAACAUGCUCCGUCAAUGGUCUCUCAGUCACCAUCCUUGACGGAAGAUAG